CUGUGUCCUUGGGCCAUGCUUAUCCCACUCCUGGGCUCUGUGUGUGGCUGUGGAUUGGGGUGGGACAGGGCUGGUUGUGCGAGGGGUCAUUGCCCAACUCCAGGGGGCGCCUGCCACCUCUCAGCUCUCUAUAGGGAUACAUAUAGUUCUUUCAACAGGUUUCCAGCAGGUAGAGGUUAUUAAAUUUUACUGAAGGGGUGUUUUUUCUAAUUCUCAACGCUGCACCACAAGGGUAGACAGUGUGGGAGACAGAUUCCAACUCCAGGUCUGGGUGGUAAGCAUCCGGUCCAGGGGUGUAGACAGGCCUGGGGAAGCCCCAGAGAUCUGUGCGUUCUCAUACCCAGGGCUAGUGACUCCAUGCUGGGGGUUGGGCUCACCCUCAGGUCUGAGACCUCCUGGGGCCAAUUGACCUCAGUAAAUGCCUUUUGUCUAAGCUUCAGUUUCCUGCCUGUGAAUGGGGUUGGGGCUGUGCUCUGGUUUCACCCUUGUGGCUCUGGGGUUGUGGUGACAAAGCCAUCAAGCUGAAUUGGAGGAUUAACAGGGAAACCAGAGUGGCUGCUGGGUCUACCUCUUCCUCAUACUCCUCUCUCUGCUGCAUCCUGGGAAGCUGCUCAGCUCAGCCUAGAUUAGGCUCAGUUGUGGGUGUGUCUGAGGCUGGGCCUGACCCUGCUCCUUACCCCGUGGAUGCAGCAGAGCCAUGAAGAAAUUAGUGGUGCUGGGCCUGCUGGCCGUGGACAUUGUUGGCCUCUGUCUCUUGCUGCCCUUGGCCUCCAAGGAACCUGACAACCAUGUGUACGCCAGGGCUGCCGUGGCUGCGGAUGCCAAGCACUGCUCCGAGAUUGGGAGGGACGCACUACAGGACGGUGGCUCUGCGGUGGAUGCAGCCAUUGCAGCCCUGUUGUGUGUGGGGCUCAUGAAUGCCCACAGCAUGGGCAUCGGGGGAGGCCUAUUUUUCACCAUCUACAACAGCACCACGCGAAAAGCUGAGGUCAUCAACGCCCGCGAGGUGGCCCCCAGGCUGGCCUUUGCCAGCAUGUUCAACAGCUCGGAGCAGUCCCAAGACGGGGGACUGUCGGUGGCGGUGCCCGGAGAGAUCCGAGGCUAUGAGCUGGCGCACCAGCGGCAUGGGCGGCUGCCCUGGGCUCGCCUCUUCCAGCCCAGCAUCCAGCUGGCCCGCCAGGGCUUCCCCGUGGGCAAGAGCUUGGCGGCAGCCCUGGAAAACAAGCGGACCGUCAUCGAGCAGCAGCCUGUCUUGUGUGAGGUGUUCUGCCGGGAUGGAAAGGUGCUCCGGGAGGGGGAGAGACUGACCCUGCCGCGGCUGGCUGGCACCUACGAGACGCUGGCCAUCGAGGGUGCUCAGGCCUUCUACAACGGCAGCCUCACGGCCCAGAUUGUGAAGGACAUCCAGGCAGCUGGGGGCAUUGUGACAGCCGAGGACCUGAACAACUACCGCGCUGAGCUGAUUGAGCACCCGCUGAACAUCAGCCUGGGAGAUGCGGUGCUGUACAUGCCCAGCGCGCCGCUCAGCGGGCCCGUGCUGGCCCUCAUCCUCAACAUCCUUAAAGGGUACAACUUCUCCCGGGCGAGCGUGGAGACCCCGGAGCAGAAGGGCCUGACGUACCACCGCAUCGUAGAGGCUUUCCGGUUUGCCUAUGCCAAGAGGACCCUGCUUGGGGACCCCAAGUUUGUGGAUGUGACUGAGGUGGUUCGCAACAUGACCUCUGAGUUCUUCGCUGCCCAGCUCCGGGCCCAGAUCUCUGAUGAUACCACUCACCCGAUCUCCUACUACAAACCCGAGUUCUACACGCCAGAUGACGGAGGCACUUCCCACCUGUCUGUCGUCGCAGAGGACGGCAGUGCUGUGUCCGCCACCAGCACCAUCAACCUCUACUUUGGCUCCAAGGUCCGCUCCCCAGUCAGUGGGAUCCUGUUCAAUGAUGAAAUGGAUGACUUCAGCUCUCCCAACAUCACCAAUCAGUUUGGGGUGCCCCCCUCACCCGCCAAUUUCAUCCAGCCAGGGAAGCAGCCGCUCUCAUCCAUGUGCCCAGCAAUCAUGGUGGGCCAGGAUGGCCAGGUCCGGAUGGUGGUGGGAGCUUCUGGGGGCACGCAGAUCACCACGGCCACUGCACUGGCCAUCAUCUACAACCUCUGGUUCGGCUAUGACAUGAAGCGGGCCGUGGAGGAGCCCCGGCUGCACGACCAGCUUCUACCCAACGUCACAACAGUGGAGAGAAACAUUGACCAGGCAGUGACUGCAGCCCUGGAAACCCGGCACCAUCACAUCCAGAUCGCAUCCACCUUCAUCGCUGUGGUGCAAGCCAUUGUCCACACACCUGGUGGCUGGGCAGCUGCCUCGGACUCCAGGAAAGGCGGGGAGCCUGCCGGUUACUGAGUGCUCGGGGCGGACAAAGCUGACCAGCAAUCCAGGGACAAGAUACUCACAAGGACUGGGAAGGGGACUUUGGGGUCGUGCUUCCCUUGUGAGUGGCAGAGCAGCACAAUAAAUGAGGCCAUUAUGCCAGGCUCCAGGCAGCCUCCCUGGCCUGGCUCCCCACUC